UUCAUGAAUAUAUGAAACCUGAUUGCAAAUGUGCAAAUCAACCUUCUCUUAUCACAUCUCUUGCCUAACCCCACCACUCCACCGCAUCACUACACGUGCGUACAUAGCCGAGAAAUUUCGAUGUACACUUUGUACACUUCUACCCCCUCCCCUUCUACCGGCUUCCUACUGCAUUCUCUGUCUCAUGCAAUCUCCAUUAGACAUUUCACACGAUGCAAACCACACUCCCGAGAAGCUUAUAAGGAGGCGCAAACCAAGCCGCGACGUGAGAUAAACCAAAAAAAAACUCCACUCUCCCCUCCUCAACCCAUUUCCAAACACCCAAAGAAUACCGCGAUGCACACGCCUUUCGUGGACAAGAGCCCCCACCGCCGCCUCGACGGCUUGGGCGCCGGUGGCUGGCUGAAGCAGAGGCUGGCUCAGAUCCUAGUGCGAUCUACUUGCACCACCAACACCACCACCACGACAACGACCACCUCGUCCACGGCCUUCGUCAGCCUCGACAAGACCAAUGCCGACACGCACCAAGAACCGCCGCCGCCGCCCUCGCCGUACUUCUGCACCCCCUGCACCUACCAGAGGCCCAAGCUUGAUGCCCCCGGCCGUCCCCGCCGACGCCGACGCAGCGCGUCGCUGGUCCACAUCUCCAUCGACUGCACCGGCGGGGCCGGGGCCACCUCCGGCCGCCGCUCCGUCCACUCCGACGCGCCCCUCCUGCCGUACUCGUCGUCGUUGCCGACGAAGGAUGGCAGGAAACAGAGCAGGGCGAGGAGAAAGGCGCGCUCUUCGCCGUCGACAUCCAGGCGGCAUUGCCCGUCGUCCUCCUGGGGCCGCGCGCGGCUCCCGAGGGGGGCACCGGGGCAGUACAGCUCCUCGUCGUCCACGGUGACCGACGACGAGCUCGCGCCGUUCAGCACCGACGAGGAGGGCGGCGAGGAGGCCGACACGAGGACGCUCUUCUCGUCCCUCAGCUUCUCCUCCGACUCCACCUCGGAGUUCUACCACACCAACAGCAGCAGCAGCCUCGCCAGGAAGGGCCACAAGAACGCGCCGGCGCGCCGCCCGCCGGCGCGGCGCGCGUCGGCGAGGAUCACCAGCGACCCGGCCGACGCCUUCCGGCCGGUGGUAUCCGUGGCGGCGACGAAGAAGCAGCACAACGACAUGAAGAAGAAGGAGGAGACGGCGAUCAAGAGGCAGCUGGGCACGGACGACGACACCGCCGCCGGCGCGGGCAUGGCGGUGGUGAAGCGGUCGAGCAACCCGUACGCCGACUUCCGGAGCUCGAUGGUGGAGAUGGUCGUGGAGCGGCGCAUCUGCAGCGUGCCGGAGAUGGAGGAGCUCCUGGGGUCGUACCUCUCGCUCAACUCGCCGCAGCACCACCCGGCCAUCCUCGCCGCCUUCGAGGACGUAUGGGAGGCCGUCUUCGGCGAGGAGUGAGUGAGCGAUCACUGAUCAGUGACAGUGGCCAACCAACCGAUCGACCAAAGCCUUGUUUGAUUAGCCAACCAAGCUAUAACUCGUUCGUUGUGAGGCCAGUAGAGCAGAGGUGUACGUAGUUAGGAGAUGCAGCGAGCGAUCGGCAUUAAUGCGUGUUAUCUUGGUUUGCAGUUAAGUCUACUUUGUAUUUACAUGAAGAAUUGGCAUAUCGAUCGUGCCAUCAAAUGCAUAUGUGCUCGUGUUAUGAAUAACUGUAGUGUCAGGAAGUCAGGAAGAAACCGUUGAACGAUCGAUCAAUCCUAGGUUCUAAAAAUUGUUCUUCCA